GUCAUCACUCGGCGCGAUCACGUGACUCAACCUCUCAGGGUCAAAAUGGCGGCUCCGGUUUUGCGAGCUCUUCGGGGACUGCAGGUUGUUCGGUGGCAGUUGAUGAGCACGAGACCCUUCCAGUCUCAGAGAGCCUCCCAGGCCAGAGACGGCAAGACUUUGGUCUCUUUCCCAGCGAAGGUCUCGUUCCCAGCGAGGGUCUCUGAUGGUUCCAAGGAUUCAGUGAAAGCGGCCCCGGAGACCCCAGCGGCGGAUCAGCCCUUCGAUAAUUCUCGGUACCAGAACCUGCAGCAUCACUCCUACGACCCGUUCACCUUCGUGGACUACGACGUGGAGCUCGCGCGCUUCCGCCUCCCUCAGCCCUCCGCGGGAAGACCGUCGCCUCGUCACUGAGACCUCUGCGGUGCGAGAGCGCGGAGUGCUGCCACGGAAACAAUAAAUCUGUAUAUAUCUGUA